AUGGUAUAUUCUCAGAGAAAAAGUCCAGGAUCUCAGCGUCUGCUGCUAUCAAUUCUGCUCCUCGUAGCCUGGGAGUCGGGGAGUGGCCAGGUCCACUACUCGGUUUCCGAGGAGGCCAAACACGGCGCCUUCGUGGGCCGCAUCGCCCAGGACCUGGGACUGGAGCUGGCAGAGCUGGUGCCUCGCCUCUUUCGGACUGCAUCCAAAGGCCGCAGAGACCUUCUGGAGGUAAAUCUGCAGAAUGGCAUUUUGUUUGUGAAUUCUCGGAUCGACCGGGAGGAGCUGUGCGGGCGGAGAGCGGAAUGCAGCAUCCACCUGGAGGUGAUCGUGGACCGGCCGCUGCAGGUGUUCCAUGUGGAGGUGGAGGUGAAGGACAUUAACGACAAUCCGCCAAGGUUCUUCCGACAAGAACAAACACUAUUUAUACUAGAGUCAAGAAGAGCGGAUUCCCGGUUUCCGCUAGAGGGCGCGUCUGAUAUGGAUAUCGGAAGAAACGCAGAAUUGAGAUACAAGUUACAAGCAAAUGAGUAUUUUGACUUGGAUGUUAAAAAAAACGAAGAGGAAACAAACUUUUUAGAGCUAGUUUUGAAGAAACCAGUAGAUAGGGAAGAAACGCAAGAACAUCGUUUAUUGCUGAUUGCAAUUGAUGGAGGAAAACCUGAACUAACAGGUACAGUUCAGUUAUUGAUCAAUGUUUUGGAUGCGAAUGAUAAUGCUCCAGAAUUUGAUAAAUCAAUUUAUAAUGUCAGAUUACUGGAAAAUGCACCGAAUGGGACACUAGUUAUUAAACUGAACGCCUCAGAUGCAGAUGAGGGUAUUAAUAAGGAAAUAAUGUAUCUCUUUAACAACCUUGUUCUUGACAAUGUAAAAUCUAAAUUUGCGAUCAAUUCUAAUAGUGGGGAAAUAACAGUUACAGGAAAACUGGACUACGAAGACUGUAAUUUAUAUGAAAUUAACAUUGAUGCUGUUGAUAAAAGCUCAUUCCCAUUAACUGGACACUGCAAAGUAAUAGUGAAACUGCUGGAUGAAAAUGAUAAUAUCCCAGAGAUGGUCAUAACCUCCCUAUCUCUGCCUGUGCAAGAGGACGCUCCACUGGGCACCGUCAUUGCCCUGAUCAGUCUAUCAGACCUCGACUCUGGUGCCAAUGGACAGGUCACCUGCUCUGUGACGCCUGACGUUCCUUUCAAGCUGGUGUCCACUUUCAAAAAUUACUAUUCAUUGGUGCUGGACAGCAACUUGGAUCGUGAGCUCUUGGCGAACUAUGAUGUGGUACUGACUGCUAGAGAUGGGGGCUUGCCUGCCUUGUCCACCACGACCAGCGUGUCCGUGGAGGUAGCCGACGUGAACGACAAUGUGCCUGCGUUCACUCAGCCAGAGUACACCGUAUUCGUGAAGGAGAACAACCCGCCCGGCUGCCACAUCUUCACCGUGUCGGCACGAGACGCGGACGCACAGGAGAACGCGCUGGUGUCCUACUCAUUGGUGGAGCGACGGGUGGGCGAGCGGGCACUGUCGAGCUACGUGUCGGUGCACGCGGAGAGCGGCAAGGUGUACGCGCUGCAGCCGCUAGACCACGAGGAGCUGGAGCUGCUGCAGUUCCAGGUGAGCGCGCGCGACGCGGGCGUGCCGCCCCUGGGCAGCAACGUGACUCUGCAGGUAUUCGUGCUGGACGAGAACGACAACGCGCCUGCCCUGCUGCCGCCCGGGUCUGGCGGAGGACCCAGUGCGCUGAGCCAGGUGGUGGUGCGGUCGGUGGGCGCGGGUCACGUGGUGGCGAAGGUGCGCGCGGUGGACGCGGAUUCGGGCUACAACGCGUGGCUGUCGUACGAGCUGCAGCCGGCGGCGGGUGGCGCGAGCAGCCCGUUUCGCGUGGGGCUGUACACCGGCGAGAUCAGCACGACGCGCGCCCUGGACGAGGCGGACGCGCCGCGCCAGCGCCUGCUGGUGCUGGUGAAGGACCACGGCGAGCCGGCGCUGACGGCCACGGCCACUGUGCUGCUAUCGCUGGAGGACAGCGGCCAGGCGCCCAAGGCCUCUUCGCGGGCGUUGUCUGGUGCAACUGGUGCAGAGGCGGCGUUAGUGGAUGUGAACGUGUACCUGAUCAUCGCCAUCUGCGCGGUGUCCAGCCUGUUGGUGCUCACGCUGAUGCUGUACACGGCGCUGAGGUGCUCGGCGCCGCCCAGCGAGGGCGCGUGUGGACCCGGGAAGCCCAGGCUGGUGUGCUCCAGCGCGGUGGAGAGCUGGUCUUACUCUCAGGAGAGGCGACAGAGGGUGUGCUCUGGGGAGGGGCCGCCCAAGACCGACCUCAUGGCCUUCAGUCCUAGCCUGCCUCAGGGUCCCAUCUCUACGGACACAGUGAGUCUCAAAAACCUUAUAGAAAUUUCUCGUUAUAUAUAA